AUGUUGGGUAUGUAUGUGCCAGAUAGAUUUUCUUUGAAAUCAUCUAAGGUCCAGGAUGGAAUCGGGCUUUACACGGCGAGACGAGUGAAAAAGGUUUGUUCUUUUGGACAACUUUGUAUGUUUUGGGUAUGAAUACAUUUACCAACGUGCAAAACUAAUUCGAUGAUUUAGAGAAAUAGGAAGUUUUCUGUUCGCAUUUUGUGUUCUUUUGCGUGUCGCUCCCAAAACCUAAAGCCGUAGCCUACCCAAAAGCUGCUCUGACGUAAAGUGCCACGUAGCUAGAUACUGUAACUGAGAUUUCAGCACUAGCUCACUCCACAAUGCUCAAUCAGGACACUCGUGUGUUACACUUUAACACAUAUGUUGAUACAUUGUAACAUUGUUUCAUUGCAUAAUGCUGUCAUUUAACUUUCAUACUCAAAAUUAAUCGGGUUUUAUAGGCUAUUCCACAAUACUGUAACAAAGUUGACAAUGGUGCAAACCAUAUUUUUUACUUAAAGUUAAUGGCCAGGCAACCUAUUCAUUAUGUAAUCUCACAUUGUUCAAAACUUUUAACACGAAAGCUUCAUUCAUUAUGAACACAUCGACCACACCCCCUCGUAUAGCGUGUUUUAACUAGUCUCCUACUACUAGUGGGUCCAAAGUGAAAUGCAUAGGAUGGAUUCAUGGACAAUACUAUUUAUUAUAAUUUACAUUUACGUCAUUUAGCUGACGCUCUUAUCCAGAGCGACUUACAGUUAGUGCAUACAUUAUUAUUUUUCAUACUGGCCCCCCGUGGGAAACGAACCCACAACCCUGGCGUUGCAAACGCCAUGCUCUAUCAACUGAGCUACCUCCCUGCCUGCCAUUCCCUCCCCUACCCUGGGCCAAUUGUGCGCCGCCCCAUUGGUCUCCCGGUUGCGGCCGGCUACAGCAGAGCCUGGAUUCGAACCAGGAUCUCUAGUGGCACAGCUAGCACUGCGAUGCAGUGCCUUAGACCACUGCGCCACUCGGGAGUUACUAUAUAGUCCUAUAUUGUUAUAAAUGCACUUUUCCCCCCCGGCAUCCAUCCAUCUAUUACAUCGCACAAUUUAUAUCUGGUUACAUUCACAUAGCCCCUGACAGUUCUGGAAAAGACCUCUAGUUAAAAAGAAAGACAAGAACAUGAAUAUCCUGUAUCCUCAUUCUGACAAUGUGUGUUUUCUCCAAGGGGGAAAAGUUUGGCCCUUUCGCUGGAGAAAAGAAACUGCAGAGUGAGCUGGAUGAGAGCACAGACACCAGACUGAUGUGGGAGGUGAUAACACUGCAGUCACAGCACAUCAUAUUUCUCUUCAUAAGCACAAUAGAUAGAUGAUAAAUAUACUACAGUGGGGAAAAAAAGUAUUUAGUCAGCCACCAAUUGUGCAAGUUCUACCACUUAAAAAGAUGAGAGAGGCCUGUAAUUUUCAUCAUAGGUACACGUCAACUAUGACAGACAAAAUGAGAAAAAAAAUCCAGAAAAUCACAUUGUAGGAUUUUUAAUGAAUUUAUUUGCAAAUUAUGGUGGAAAAUAAGUAUUUGGUCAAUAACAAAAGUUUCUCAAUACUUUGUUAUAUACCAUUUGUUGGCAAUGACACAGGUCAAACGUUUUCUGUAAGUCUUCACAAGGUUUUCACACACUGUUGCUGGUAUUUUGGCCCAUUCCUCCAUGCAGAUCUCCUCUAGAGGAGUGAUGUUUUGGGGCUGUCGCUGGGCAACACGGACUUUCAACUCCCUCAAAAGAUUUUCUAUGGGGUUGAGAUCUGGAGACUGGCUAGGCCACUCCAGGACCUUGAAAUGCUUCUUACGAAGCCACUCCUUCGUUGCCCGGGCGGUGUGUUUGGGAUCAUUGUCAUGCUGAAAGACCCAGCCACGUUUCAUCUUCAAUGCCCUUGCUGAUGGAAGGAGGUUUUCACUCAAAAUCUCACGAUACAUGGCCCCAUUCAUUCUUUCCUUUACACGGAUCAGUCGUCCUGGUCCCUUUGCAGAAAAACAGCCCCAAAGCAUAAUGUUUCCACCCCCAUGCUUCACAGUAGGUAUGGUGUUCUUUGGAUGCAACUCAGCAUUCUUUGUCCUCCAAACACGACGAGUUGAGUUUUUACCAAAAAGUUCUAUUGUGGUUUCAUCUGACCAUAUGACAUUCUCCCAAUCCUCUUCUGGAUCAUCCAAAUGCACUCUAGCAAACUUCAGACGGGCCUGGACAUGUACUGGCUUAAGCAGGGGGACACGUCUGGUACUGCAGGAUUUGAGUCCCUGGCGGCGUAGUGUGUUACUGAUGGUAGGCUUUGUUACUUUGGUCCCAGCUCUCUGCAGGUCAUUCACUAGGUCCCCCCGUGUGGUUCUGGGAUUUUUGCUCACCGUUCUUGUGAUCAUUUUGACCCCACGGGGUGAGAUCUUGCAUGGAGCCCCAGAUCGAGGGAGAUUAUCAGUGGUCUUGUAUGUCUUCCAUUUCCUAAUAAUUGCUCCCACAGUUGAUUUCUUCAAACCAAGCUGCUUACCUAUUGUAGAUUCAGUCUUCCCAGCCUGGUGCAGGUCUACAAUUUAGUUUCUGGUGUCCUUUGACAGCUCUUUGGUCUUGGCCAUAGUGGAGUUUGGAGUGUGACUGUUUGAGGUUGUGGACAGGUGUCUUUUAUACUGAUAACAAGUUCAAACAGGUGCCAUUAAUACAGGUAACGAGUGGAGGACAGAGGAGCCUCUUAAAGAAGAAGUUACAGGUCUGUGAGAGCCAGAAAUCUUGCUUGUUUGUAGGUGACCAAAUACACUGCUCAAAAAAAUUAAGGGAACACUAAAAUAACACAUCCUAGAUCUGAAUGAAUGAAAUCAUCUUAUUAAAUACUUUUUUCUUUACAUAGUUGAAUGUGCUGACAACAAAAUCACACAAAAAUUAUCAAUGGAAAUCAAAUUUAUCAACCCAUGGAGGUCUGGAUUUGGAGUCACCCUCAAAAUUAAAGUGGAAAACCACACUACAGGCUGAUCCAACUUUGAUGUAAUGUCCUUAAAACAAGUCAAAAUGAGGCUCAGUAGUGUGUGUGGACUCCACGUGCCUGUAUGACCUCCCUACAACGCCUGGGCAUGCUCCUGAGGAGGUGGUGGAUGGUCUCCUGAGGGAUCUCCUCCCAGACCUGGACUAAAGCAUCCGCCAACUCCUGGACAGUCUGUGGUGCAACGUGGCGUUGGUGGAUGGAGCGAGACAUGAUGUCCCAGAUGUGCUCAAUUGGAUUCAGGUCUGGGGAACGGGCGGGCCAGUCCAUAGCAUCAAUGCCUUCCUCUUGCAGGAACUGCUGACACACUCCAGCCACAUGAGGUCUAGCAUUGCCUUGCAUUAGGAGGAACCCAGGGCCAACCGCACCAGCAUAUGGUCUCACAAGGGGUCUGAGGAUCUCAUCUCGGUACCUAAUGGCAGUCAGGCUACCUCUGGCGAGCACAUGGAGGGCUGUGCGGCCCCCAAAGAAAUGCCACCCCACACCAUGACUGACCCACCGCCAAACCGGUCAUGCUGGAGGAUGUUGCAGGCAGCAGAACAUUCUCCACGGCGUCUCCAGACUCUGUCACGUCUGUCACAUGUGCUCAGUGUGAACCUGCUUUCAUCUGUGAAGAGCACAGGGCGCCAGUGGCGAAUUUGCCAAUCCUGGUGUUCUCUGGCAAAUGCCAAACGUCCUGCACUGUGUUGGGCUGUAAGCACAACCCCCACCUGUGGACAUCGGGCCCUCAUACCACCCUCAUGGAGUCUGUUUCUGACCGUUUGAGAAGACACAUGCACAUUUGUGGCCUGCUGGAGGUCAUUUUGCAGGGCUCUGGCAGUGCUCCUCCUGCUCCUUCUUGCACAAAGGCGGAGGUAGCAGUCCUGCUGCUGGGUUGUUGCCCUCCUACGGCCUCCUCCACGUCUCCUGAUGUACUGGCCUGUCUCCUGGUAGCGCCUCCAUGCUCUGGACACUACGCUGACAGACACAGCAAACCUUCUUGCCACAGCUCGCAUUGAUGUGCCAUCCUGGAUGAGCUGCACUACCUGAGCCACUUGUGUUGGUUGUGGACUCCGUCCCAUGCUACCACUAGAGUGAAAGCACCGCCAGCAUUCAAAAGUGACCAAAACAUCAGCCAGGAAGCAUAGGAACUGAGAAGUGGUCUGUGGUCACCACCUGUAAACCAGUCCUUUAUUGGGGGUGUCUUGCUAAUUGCCUAUAAUUUCCACCUGUUGUCUAUUCCAUUUGCACAACAGCAUGUGAAAUGUAUUGUCAAUCAGUGUUGCUUCCUAAGUGGACAGUUUGAUUUCACAGAAGUGUGAUUGACUUGGAGUUACAUUGUGUUGUUAAAGUGUUCCCUUAAUUUUUUUGAGCAGUGCACUUAUUUUCCACCAUAAUUUGCAAAUAAAUUCAUUAAAAAUCCUACAAUGUGAUUUUCUGGAUUUUCUUUUCUCAAUUUGUCUGUCAUCGUUGACGUGUACCUAUGAUGGAAAUUACAGGCCUCUCUCAUCUUUUUAAGUGGGAGAACUUGCACAAUUGGUGGCUGACUAAAUACUUUUUUUCCCCACUGUAUGUACUGAGUGUACAAAACAUUAGGAACUCCUGCUCUUUCCAUGACAUAGACUGAUCAGGUGAAAGCUACUGUAUGAUCCGUUAUUGCUGUCACCUGUUAAAUCCACUUCAAUCAGUGUAGAUGAAGGGGAGGAGACAGGUUAAAGAAGGAUUUUUAAGCGUUCAGGUGGGCCUUUGCGCUUCAGCAAACAAAGGAAAGGAGGGGUGUUCAACAACAAUGACAGAAAUCAUGAAAAGAGCUUCCAAACAAAAACUUCCAAAAGGAUUAAUUUGAGGUAAAAAGGAGUUGGGGAACUCAACCAAAAAAAGUCAGAGAUUGAUUUAUUUUUGCUCACUUUAAUCCAUUGUACAGGAUGCGAACAGGUGACUGACAUUUCGACGUCAAGCUGACAUCUUCCUCAGUGACCUGACCAUUGCACUUAGCACCUAUUUAUAGCCUAGUGACCCAUUGAGACACAACAAUGUAAAAAAAUAAUAAUGAUAAUAUGUUUCAAGGUAAACAGCAAAUUAUAGCACAAAAUAAUAAGAGAAAUGGUGUGUCUCGUUAAUCAAUAGGCCAUGUCAAAAUAUAAAUGAGUGUGUCAAGAACUGCAACUCUGCUGGGUUUUUCAUGCUCAACAGUUUCCCGUGUAUCAAGAAUGGUCCAACACCCAAAGGACAUCCAGCCAACUUGACACAACUGUGGGAAGCAUUGGAGUCAACAUGGUCCAGCAUCCCUGUGGAACGCUUUCAACACCUUGUAGAGUCCAAGCAGUCUUAUGGCUUGGGGGUAGAAGCUGUUAACGAGCCUGUCAUGUUAUAUUGGAGAGAACCACAUUGUUUUAUAUCACAGGUUUUUUCUUAGCAACUAUGAUUUAGUUUGUAAAACUGCAUCUCCAGAUGAAUAGAAAGCUAGAUCAAGAUGCUAAGUCUGUUUAUGGAAAUAAGACAUUAAUGCCAGCCAACAGUAUUUCAUGUUCUUGAUAGGCAUGUUUGUUCUCUGUUGCAGGUCCGAGGUAAUAAAGGUGAUGUGCUCUAUGUUUUGGAUGCCAGUAACCCUCGCCAUGCCAACUGGCUGCGUUUUGUCCACCAGGCACCAUCGCAAGAAGAGAAGAACCUGGCAGCCAUCCAGGUACAACCCCACUCUGGAGAUAGUAAGACCUUCAGACCUAUGUCCACAGGGACAGGCACAGAAAGAGCUCUGUAUGAGCACACAUCUCAGAGAGAGAAGGGGGGAGAGAGAGAGAGAGACACACAGAGAGAAAAACAGAGAGAGAGAGAGAAGAUGGACAUCGGAGAGAAAAGGUUGAGAAAGUGUAGAAGAGAAGAGAGGGAAAGUUAGUAAGAGUGAGUUGAGAUAGAUAGUGGGAGUGAAAUGAAGAUGAGGAAUAUGGAUUUUCUUGUUUUGUCUGCCUGUGCAGACAGCUUGUAAGAUUGCACCAUGUGCUGCUGAUCAAGCCUGCCAUAUCAGAAGGAGAUGUGAAGGUGGAUCUGCUUGAUGACUAUAAAAUGAGGUGUCUUAAACAGCUGUAAGUAACACCCUCUAAGUGUCUGAAAUGAUUAUGAAAAUAUUUGCUAGUGCCUUGUGCAUCCCUUACACUCUAACAGAUUAACGUCCGUUCUAAAUGUAACAAAACAUGUCAGUCUCUGUGAUUAAGAUCAGAUUCAUUAUAUCCAUAAUCCCACAAACACAGACAACCCAUACACAAUCAAAUCUGUUGGCCAAAGUCAUGAACACACACAUCAUGUGUAUAGUGCAUUCGGAAAGUAUUCAGACCCCUUGACUCUUUCCACAUUUUGUUACGUUACAGCCUUAUUCAAAAAUUGAUUAAAUGUUUUUUUUCCCCCUCAUCAAUCUACACACAAUACCCCAUAAUAACAAAGGAAAAACAGGUUUUUAGAAAUUUUUGCAAAUGUAUAAAAAAUAAAACACUGAAAUAUCACAUUUACAUAAGUAUUCAGACCCUUUACUCAGUACUUUGUUGAAGCACCUUUGGCAGCGAUUACAGUCUCGAGUCUUCUUGGGUAUGACGCUACAAGCUUGGCACACCUGUAUUUGGGGAGUUUCUCCCAUUCUUCUCUACAGAUCCUCUCAAGCUCUGUCAGGUUGGAUGGGGAGCGUCGCUGCACAGCUAUUUUCAGGUCUCCCCAGAGAUGUUCGAUCGGGUUCUGGCUGGGCCACUCAAGGACAUUUAGAGACUUGUCCCGAAGCCACUCCUGCGUUGUCUUGGCUGUGUACUUAGGGUUGUUGUCCUGUUGGAAGGUAAACUAUCGCCCCAGUCUGAGGUCCUGAGCGCUCUGGAGCAGGUUUUCAUCAAGGAUCUCUCUAUACUUUGCUCUGUUCAUCUUUCCCUCGAUCCUGACUAGUCUCCCAGUCCCUACUGCUGAAAAACAUCCCCACAGCAUGAUGCUGCUACCACCAUGCUUCACCGUAGGGAUGGUGCCAGGUUUCCUCCAGAUGUGACGCUUGGCAUUCAGGCCAAGGAGUUCAAUCUUGGUUUCAUCAGACCAGAGAAUCUUGUUUCUCAUGGUCUGAGAGUCUUUAGGUGCCUUUUGGCAAAUUCCAAGCGGGCUGUCAUGUGCCUUUUCCUAUGGAGUGGCUUCCAUCUGGCCACUCUACCAUAAAGGCCUGAUUGGUGGAGUGCUGCAGAGAUGGUUGUCCUUCUGGAAGGUUCUCCCAUCUCCACAGAGGAACUCUGGAGCUCUGUCAGAGUGACCAUCGGGUUCUAGGUCACCUUCUUGACCAAGGCCCAUCUCCCCCGAUUGCUGAGUUUGGCCGGGCGGUCAGCUCUAGGAUGAGUCUUGGUGGUUCCAAACUUCUUCCAUUUAAGAAUGAUGGAGGCCACUGUGUUCUUGGGGACCUUCAAUGCUGCAGAAAUGUUUUGGUACCCUUCCCCUGAUUUGUGCCUCAACACAAUCCUGUCUCAGAGCUCUACGGACAAUUCCUUCGACCUCAUAGCUUGGUUUUUGCUCUGACAUGUACUGUCAACUAUGGGACCAAUAGACGGGUGUGUGCCUUUCCAAAUCAUGUCCAAUCAAUUGAAUUUACCAUAGGUGGACUCCAAUCAAGUUGUAGAAACAUCUCAAGUAUGAUCAAUGGAAACAGGAUGCACCUGAGCUCAAUUUCGAGUCUUGUAGCAAAGGGUCUGAAUACUUAUGUAAAUAAGGUAUUUUUGUUUUUUAUUGUUACAAAACAUUUGGAAACGUUUCAAAAAACCUGAAAAGCUUUGUUAUUAUGGGGUAUUGUGUGUAGAUUGAUGAGGCCAUUUUUUUAUUUAAUCGAUUUUAGAAUAAGGCUGUAACGUAACAAAAUGUGGAAAAAGUCAAGGGGUCUGAAUACUUUCCGAAUGCACUGUACAUUAGCUUAUGCACUUAAACACACACACAUGUUUCUUUUACUGUCCUUGUAGAGACCAAACAAUUGAUUCCCAUUCAAAAUCCUAUUUCCCCUAACCCUAACCUAAACCCCUAACCCUAACUCAUAACCCUGACCCUAAUUGUAACCCUAAACCUAACCCCUAAGUGUAAAAUAUUAUUUUUCCUUGUGGGGACCAGCGAAAUGUCCCCACUUGUUGACUUUUCCUUGUUUUACUAUCCUUGUGAGAACUUCAAGGAUAGUAAAACCAAACACACACACACACAGUCACGGUUUGGCCUGGGAAAUCUCAGCUCUCUAAGAACGUAAUUGUUCUCUAGAGGAAGAGGGGAAAACAACUGUAGAAGGAAGGGAAGAAGAACAGGACUUGUGGUCGUCUGGCUGAGCUUCUGUCAUUAAUGCCAGAGUGCUAAAAGUGAUUGCAUGUUCAAAGGUCACUCGUGUGUUAGAGCUCUGUGUUACAUCAAAAGUGACAUUUAUUGUGUUUUUCCCUGUUUAAUUAAUAUAUAUGUGUAUUUAUAAAUCCCUUAGCCAAAGAGCCAAAGGAAAAUUACGAUUUGAUUUCAUUAGAGCGUGACCUUUAGGUAUAUGGAAGUUAAUGACGACAUGUUUAGGGGUUUGAGUGCUUGACCUCUGACCUUAAUCAAGCCUUAGCAGACGAGUGUCUAGGUUCAAUGAGUUCAACCUUCAGCUACCCCCUUUCUUCCUCUGUCUGUGUGUGUGUGUGUGUGUUCUGAUCUCUCAGGAUGGAGAGAAUAUCUUCUACCUGGCAGUGGACGACAUUGAGACAGACACAGAAAUGCUGAUAGGCUACCUGGACAGUGAUAUGGAGGAAGAGGAAGAGGAAGAGGAAAUCAUCAAAGAUGAAGAUGAAAACAGCAAAGAGGCCAAACAUCUUAUUGAAAUGGGUACAUGCCUAUCAGUUUUAUACCAACCAUGUUUAUAAACCCUGUUUUGUCGGUCCAAUAGUUUGCUUGAAAUGUUAAUGUGCGUGCACGUUCGUGUGUGUGUAAUGUGUGUGUGUGUAUAGAACUGGUAAUCAAGAAGGAGGACCACCCGUGCCUGCUGUGUGAGAGCAGCUUCCCUAGUGAGGAGAUCCUAGCAGCCCACCUCCAGAGCCUGCACCAGAGACCAAUCACAGAGGAGAAAGAGUACAAGUGCAGGAACUGUGGCAAGAAGUUCCCCAUCAAACAAGCCCUGCAGCGCCAGUGUGUAGCCUACGUCAUCUCUCUACUCUACUUACCUGACACUCUAUUGAGUUACACAGAAGUAUGCUACCAAACGGAUCAUAUAGUGGAACUGACAGAUUUGCACACACUCCAGUAAAACAUGUUUUACACCUGAAUCAGCCUCUCUAUUAGUUUCCUGAUGUAGGCUACUUGGAUUUAAAAAAAAUAGUAUUUCCUUAUAUAGAAUUUCUGUUAAUAUCUUUAUACUCCUGUCUGACUCUGUACACCUCCUUUAUUUUCCCUCAGUGUUCUGCACUGUGCUGAGACCCUGGGUCCUUCAGUGGACUCCUCCAGAGCCCACCACCAGUGUUCCCCCUGCCACAUCACCUUCAGCUCAGAGUCCAGGUAGGCCUACAUAACUAGAAACAUACAUAGUAGAGUAACAUGCAUACAGGGGCUGCUACAGUGCCUUGCAAAAGUAUUCAUCCCCCUUGGCGUUUUUCCUAUUUUGUUGCAUUACAACCUGUAAGUUAAAUAGAUUUUUAUUUGGAUUUCAUGUAAUGGACAUACACAAAAUAGUGAAAUGAAAAAAAUAACUUGUUUCAAAAAAUUCAAAAAAAUAAAUAACGGAAAAGUUGUGCGUUUUAUAUGUAUUCACCCCCUUUGCUAUGAAGCCCCUAAAUAAGAUCUGGUGCAACCAAUUACCUUCAGAAGUCACAUAAUUAGUUAGAUUACACACAGGUGGACUUUAUUUAAGUGUCACAUGAUCUGUCACAUGAUCUCAGUAUAUAUACACCUGUUCUGAAAGGCCCCAGAGUCUGCAACACCACUAAGCAAGGGGCACCACCAAGCAAGCGGCACCAUGAAGACUAAGGAGCUCUCCAAACAGGUCAGGGACUAAGUUGUGGAGAAGUACAGAUCAGGGUUGGGUUUUUAAAAAAAUAUCUGAAACUUUGAACAUCCCACGGAGCACCAUUAAAUCCAUUAUAAAAAAAUUGAAAGAAUAUGGCACCACAACAAACGUGCCAAGAGAUGGCCGCUCACCAAAACUCACGGACCAGGCAAGGUGUCACACCCUGGCUCUGGGGACUCUAUAUGUUGAGCCAGGGUGUGUAGAUUCUAUGUGUUUAUGUUCUGUGUGGGAGUUCUAGUUGUUGUAUUUCUAUGUUGGCCAGAGUGGCUCCCAAUCAGAGGCAACGAGUGUCAGCUGUUGCUGGUUGUCUCUGAUUGGGAGCCAUAUUUAAACAGUCUGUUUCCCUUAGUGUUUGUGGGAUCUUGUUCCGUUUGGUUUGUUUCUGUGUUAACCGUAGGACUGCACGUUUCGUUUAUUGUUUUGUUGUUAUAUUAUCACUUAAGAUAAUAAAGUUAAGUAUGUUCGCAACCAACGCUGCGCAUUGGUCUACUCCGUCUAACGAUCGUGACAGAAGAUCCCACCAUACCAGGACCAAGCAGCGUGUCCAGGAGCAGGCAGCCUGGACGUGGGAGCAAAUAUUGGACGGGCAGGGGUCCUGGACCUGGGAGGAAAUCCAGGCCGGGAUGGAUCGCCGUCCAUGGAGUGAGACGGUAGAGGCGCGACGGAGAGAGGAGCAACGGCGUCAACAGUGUCGUCGUCGGACGGACGAGAGGCAACCCCAAAACAUUUUUAGGGGGGGGCAUACGGCAUGGGCGACGGGGCAGCAGGAGGCAGCUACAGGGCGUAUUAGGAGGUUAGGUGAGGAGGCCACCAGGUUAAGGGGGCUAUUGGUGCAGAGGGAGCAGGAGUUAGUGGUGCAGAGGGUAGAGUUACUGGAGGCGAUAAGGGAGAAGGUGAGAAUAGAGGCACGGCGAGAGGAACUAGGUAGGCAGCUGAGGGAGCGGAGGGUUAUGACGAAACCCAGUCCCGCUCCUCACACCAAGCAAGUGGUGUGCGUCACCAGUCCGGUCCGGCCCGUUCCUGCUCCCCGCACUAAGUUAAUGGUGCGCGUCGCCAGUCCGGCCCGACCUGUUCCUGCCCCUCGCACCAAGCCUAGGGUGCGCGUCGCCAGCCCGGCCCAGCCUGUUCCUGUCCCACACACCAAGCCUACGGUGCGCGUCGCCAGCCCGGCCCGGCCUGUUCCUGCUCCCCGCACCAAGCCUACGGUGCGCGUCGCCAGCCCGGCCCGGCCUGUUCCUGCUCCCCGCACCAAGCCUACGGUGCGCGUCGCCAGCCCGGCCCGGCCUGUUCCUGUCACUCGCACCAAGCCUACGGUGCGCGUCGCCAGCCCGGCCCGGCCUGUUCCUGCUCCACGCACCAAGCCUACGGUGCGCGUCGCCAGCCCGGCCCGGCCUGUUCCUGCUCCACGCACCAAGCCUACGGUGCGCGUCGCCAGCCCGGCCCGGCCUGUUCCUGCUCCACGCACCAAGCCUACGGUGCGCGUCGCCAGCCCGGCCCGGCCUGUUCCUGCCACUCGCACCAAGCCUACGGUGCGCGUCGCCAGCCCGGCCCGGCCUGUUCCUGCCACUCGCACCAAGCCUACGGUGCGCGUCGCCAGCCUGGCCCGGCCUGUUCCUGCCACUCGCACCAAGCCUACGGUGCGCGUCGCCAGCCCGGCCCGGCCUGUUCCUGCCACUCGCACCAAGCCUAUGGUGCGCGUCGCCAGCCCGGCCCGGCCUGUUCCUGCCACUCGCACCAAGCCUACGGUGCGCGUCGCCAGCCCGGCUCGGCCUGUUCCUGCCACUCGCACCAAGCCAGGGGUGCGAGUCGUCAGCCCGGUAAGGCCCGUUGCUGCUCCACGCACCAAGCCUGGGGUGCGCAUCGUCAGCCCGGUCCGGUCCGUUCCUGCUUCACGCACCAAGCCAGGGGUGCGCGUCAUCAGUCCGGCACAACCCGUGCCUGGGUCACCGGUGCCUGGUCAGGUACCGGUCAGCUGCUCCACACCGGAGCUUAAGCAAUCCGCUCCUACGAUGUCCAGUCCAGCUCCAGCCAGCGGGGCCAGACCGGACCAGGGGCGCUACGGGGGGAUUAUUGGAGGAUGGUGGGCAAGCCCGGAGCCGGAACCGCCUCCGAGGAGGAAUGCCCACCCAGCCCUCCCCUGGUUUGUCUAUGUGGAGGCGCGGUCGCAGUCCGCGCCUUUGGGGGGGGGGGGGUACUGUCACACCCUGGCUCUGGGGCCUCUAUAUGUUGAGCCAGGGUGUGUAGAUUCUAUGUGUUUAUGUUCUGUGUGGGAGUUCUAGUUGUUGUAUUUCUAUGUUGGCCAGAGUGGCUCCCAAUCAGAGGCAACGAGUGUCAGCUGUUGCUGGUUGUCUCUGAUUGGGAGCCAUAUUUAAACAGUCUGUUUCCCUUAGUGUUUGUGGGAUCUUGUUCCGUUUGGUUUGUUUCUGUGUUAACCGUAGGACUGCACGUUUCGUUUAUUGUUUUGUUGUUAUAUUAUCACUUAAGAUAAUAAAGUUAAGUAUGUUCGCAACCAACGCUGCGCAUUGGUCUACUCCGUCUAACGAUCGUGACACAAGGAGGGCAUUAAUCAGAGAGGCAACAAAGAGACCAAAGAUAACCCUGAAGGAGCUGCAAAGCUCCACAGUGGAGAUUGGAGUAUCUGUCCAUAGGACCACAUUAAGCCGUACACUCCACAGAGCUGGGCUUUACGGAAGAGUGGCCAGAAAAAAGCCAUUCCUUAAAGAAAAAUAUAAGCAAACACGUUUGGUGUUUGCCAAAAGGCAUGUGGGAGACUCCCCAAACAUAUGGAAGAAGGUACUCUGGUCAGAUGAGACUAAAAUUGAGCUUCUUGGCCAUCAAGGAAAACUCUAUGUCUGGCGCAAACCCAACACCUCUCAUCACCCUGAGAACACCAUCCCCACAGUGAAGCAUGGUGGUGGCAGCAUCAUGCUGUGGGGAUGUUUUUAAUCGGCAGGGACUGGGAAACUGGUCAGAAUUGAAGGAAUGAUGGAUGGCGCUAAAUACAGGGAUAUUCUUGAGGGAAACCUGUUUGUCUUCCAGAGAUUUGAGACUGGGACGGAGGUUCACCUUCAAGCAGGACAAUGACCCUAAGCAUACUGCUAAAGCAACACUCGAGUGGUUUAAGGGGAAACAUUUAAAUGUCUUGGAAUGGCCUAGUCAAAGCCCAGACCUCAAUCCAAUUGAGAAUAUGUGGUAUGACUUAAAGAUUGCUGUACACCAGCGGAACCCAUCCAACUUGAAGGAGCUGGAGCAGUUUUGCCUUGAAGAAUGGGCAAAAAUCCCAGUGGCUAGAUGUGCCAAGCUUAUAGAGACAUACCCCAAGAGACUUGCAGCUGUAAUUGCUGCAAAAGGUGGCUCUACAAAGUAUUGACUUUGGGGGGAUGAAUAGUUAUGCACGCUCAAGUUUUCUGUUUUUUUGUCUUAUUUCUUGUUUGUUUCACAAAAAAAAAUAUUUUGCAUCUUCAAAGUGGUAGGCAUGUUGUGUAAAUCAAAUGAUACAAACCCCCAAAAAAUCAAUUUUUAUUCCAGGUUGUAAGGCAACAAAAUACGAAAAAUGCCAAGGGGGGUGAAUACUUUCGCAAGCCACUGUAUCUGUCGGAGUUGUUGUCUGAUUUCCUGUGUGUGUAGUUAUGACCAGCACAAGGAGGCGUGUAGAGGAGAUGCCAGGUUCAUCUGUAAGGCUGAGAGCUGUGGGAAGAGGUUCAAGAGCAAAGACGCUCUGAAGAAACACAAAGGGAACGUCCACACAGGUUGGUCUCCGUCUCACACAUACGCAGGUACUCAAUGUAUACAGACACAGGAAACAAUGAUGAUAAGUAGAAAUAUGUAUCUGCCUUGAUCUUUUACCAGUCUGGUCAGUAUCAGGAGUGUGUAGGCGAGGGGGAUGUGGUUUAGGCCCUACAGAUGUGGCACACGUGACUCAUAAAUAAAUGACUGGGGGGAUUCUCUCUGAGAAUGGGGGAGUUCAGGUUUUGUCACUUUAAUGAGUUGGUGGCAAACUGAUUUUAUUAGUGACCCUGUCAUGUUUAUGCUAUGUCUUGGUUGCCCCGACAGUCGGAAGAGAACAUACAGUCAGGUCCAAAAUUAUUGGCACCGUUGAUAAAGAUGAUAUAAAAUAAAUAAUACAAAUACUGAUCUAUAUUGUAUGGUGAAAAAAAAAGCACAAUUAUAUUCUUUUAUACUAAUACAAUUGCUCAGAGAAACAGAUUUUGUUCAACAAGUAAUAAAACAAAAUAAAAGAUAGUGGUCAAAAUUAUUGGCACCCCUGUUUUCAAUAAUACUCCAGCACCCUCCCAUUGCGAGGAUAAGUACACUGAGGCUUUUUCAAAAAUGUUUUAUGAGAUUGGAGAACACAUUGGGAGGGACCUUAGACCAUUCCUCCAUACAGAAUCUUUCCAGAUCCUUGAUAUCCUUCGUCUGCGCUUAUGGACUGCCCUCUUCAAUUCAGACUACAUGUUUUCAAUGGGGUUCAAGUCCGGAGACUGAGAUGGCCAUUGCAAAAUGUUGAUUUUGGGGUCAAUUAACAAUUUCUUUAUGGAUGCUUCCGCUUCCAUUUUUCGAUGCCAAACCCACCACUGGUGUGCAUGGCCAAAGAGCUUUAUUUCCAUGUCAUCUGACUAUGGCACCAGUUACAAUCCAUGUGCCAAUGCCGUUUAUCAAACUCCAGGUGGGGCCAUGGCCAGAUGACAUGAAAAUAAAGCUCUUUGGUCACGCACACCAGUGGUGGGUUUGGUGUCGAAAAAUGGAAGCAUAUGCUGAGAAGUACCUCAUACCUACUGUAAGAUAUGGUGUUGGAUCUUCAACGUUAUCGGGCUAUUUUGUGUCCGGUGAUCCUGGGGCCCUUGUUAAGCAGCCAUCAAAAUCCGCAAAUAAACUGUUAAUUGAUCACACUACCUGUGGUCUGAAUUGAAGAGGGCAGUCCAUAAGAGCAGACGGAAGGAUAUCAAGGAUCUGGAAAGAUUCUGUAUGGAGGAAUGGUUUAAGAUCCCUCCCAAUGUUUCUCAUAAAACAUUUUAGAAAAGGCUGUGUUGUUAUCCUCCGAAGAGGUGGGUACUGAAAACAGGGGUGGCAAUAAUUCUGAUUGUUAAACAAAACCUCUUUCUCUGAGCAAUUGUAUUAGUAUAAAAUAAUAUAAUUUUCAGAUUUUUUUGAACAUACAAUAUAGCUUAGUGUUUGUAUUAUUUAUUUUAUACAGUCUUUUUUGCUAAUCUUUAUCAAGGGAUCCAAUAAUUUUGGACCUGACCGUACAUUUGGUAGUUAAACUUUGACCUCAAGUGAUUAUCUGAUUUGAUGUGUGUAUUUGUCUGGUUGUGCUUCAGAUUAAAUUGGCUUUGCCAUGAGGUGAGUGAUGAUGCUGUUCACUAACAUGUGGAAUGCCCUGACCAUUGUUGUCAUUGCUAGCCACCACAUUAUCACACUGUAGAUUGAGACAUGUAGAGCAGGAUUGGUCACUCUGCUUGUCGAAUCAUUGUGUUUCAGGAAGUUCCAGGCGGAAGCUCAUGUGCACCAUCUGCAACAGGAAAUGCUCCUCCUUACUGAAUCUCCAGGAACAUCGUAAGGUCUGGCUCCUACCUACUACCUCACUGUCUCACCUACCUAACUGUCUCACUGUUACACUGUCUCUGGCCAACCCUUAACCCGUAUUCCUAGACACGAUUUGGUCCUUCAGAGAUCUGGAAGGACUGGAUAGGUGUAAGCUGUAUGUUUUAUUGGCCCCACCUAUCCCUCUGGUAUUAGGGCCAGGGGCUAGUGGUUGGUUUCACACUGGCCAUGUCUCUUUAAGGUCUAUAUCCUUCAUAUCAUGUAUUUUUGUUCCAUUCCUUUGUGUCCCUAUCCCUUCCCUAAUCCCAUGCUUGCCGUCUGCUCCUGUCUUACUCUUCUUCUCUCUCAGUAGGAGGUUGGCUUUAUGUUAAAGUUGUUACAUUUUCAGACCGUGUGACAGUAGAGAAAGGUUGGAUUUUAUUUCACAAGCUCAUCCCCACAGACUCUCAUGAAACUUAAGAGGCAUGGCGAGCAGACAAUAAGGCUUUAACCCUGGCGUCAGGAUACUUCCUCUUAGAGAUGGAUCUCUUAGAAAAAUACUGAACAAUUACAGGACCACAAAACCAUUAUAUUGCAUUACUUUUAGAGAUUAAUGGAGGUAAGGUAUUCCCAUCACAAACUAUCUCACAGUGAGGCAUUUUCGUCUGCAUGAAAUGAAAUAUAUUUGCAGUGAGUUAUUUGAUUGUUUUGCGAUUGGUUUGGCUUCCCAUCCAAAUGAGGGUUUGAUAUUUAUGACCAGUGAACUCGGCUGGUGUUUGGGUAAAGUUUCAUUUUCCCUGUCAACAUCUAUCCAAUAGAUUAAUCAGAAGACAUUACUAUUACUCCACUCUAAUGAACUGAACAUGGUCAUAAGUGAUUAAUCACGAACAUACUUUAUGAGCAACUGUUAAUCAUUUAAGAAAUGUUUAGAUAGUUCUACAACAGAUCAAUCAACCUAUCAACCAACCAACCUGCCAGUCAAUCAAUCAGUUUUCAUAUUGUGUUUAUAAACUUCCACCCAAUGUAUUUGAGUGCAUUGCCCUAUUCUGACCUUUUCAUUCUGUCAAAGCCAGUUCCAUCAAUUCUAUAUGUGGUACAUGUGAACUUGAAAAAGUUUUUAGCAGUCUUUGCUUGUUAAUGAAUCUCUAGUCAUCAGUCUUUACCUUUGUGAGAGGCUCUUUCCUCAUUAACAGUAGUUACAGAAAAUGUGAUUUGAUACAGGGAAAUUUGGGUCAGUCACAAACUUGAAUUCUCUUGUAUGAUGUAGUUUAUUCAGAAAUGUUUAAAAAGUCAUACUUACACACAGCUGGAAUGUUGCAGAUGUUAUUGGAAGAAUCAUUUUCUGAGGUUUGAAAAGCAUUAAGCAAAGAAAGAGAAAAAAGUGUUGGACCAAAGUUCUAUGGAACAGAAGACGUAUUACAGCUGAGCUUUGGACAAAGACACUUUAGAACGUAGCACAAGAGUGAUCAAACUUUCCAUAAUGACAAGUUUGCACAAAAGCUACUUAAACCAGCCAUUGUGAUAAUUUGCCUGAACUGCUCAAUCUUAGUUUUAUUAUAGAAGCUCUGAGCAGAGGAGCUAUUCAGUCUUAGCAUAUUGAAGCAUUAGGCAGAAGAGCUAUCAAAUAUUAUAUUAUUACAACCAUGCUGAGAGCAGAAGAGGGAUUCAAACUUUUCAGCAGUUUAAUUAUAUUUCUGUGUGCAGACGUAGUUGAGCAAGGAGUAAAAGUGUGUAUGUGUGUCUCUGAAUGUACUCUCCUAUCUGCAAGUGUGGAAAAGGUCACACAGUGUCAUUUACAGUACACAGUGAGCCAAGAAAUACUAUCUUUCUGUAUCACCUCCAGGGUUGAGGUCAAUUAGGAAUUUCUGAAUGUAAUUAAAUUCAAACAAUUAAUUUGAAUCAAAUUUGAAUUGGCCACACCUCACAGGAAGCAGAAUUUGAGUUGAGGAAGUAGAAUUUAAUUCAAAGGAGUUCAACUGAGACGUGAAACAUGAAAGUCUCAUUCAUUUGUCAAAUAUUUAAUCUAAAGGAUAUGCCACUUAUUAAUCAGAAGAAUACACCUACCAUUUCAAAUAGUGGUUUGAUUAUAACUCAAAGAUGUCAAACAGUAUUUUUUUUUUGUCAUGAGUUGUUAGAUUGUUCCCUUCCAUACUGCAGUGUUUGAUCUAAUGCAUUCUGGUAAAUGUAUUUUUUCUGAUAUCAAAGACAACCCAUAACAUGAUCUUAGAAUAUUUCCAGACCAUAGUAAUUAUUUAAAAUUGUUUUAGGAGAAUGAGUUUUAAAAAUCUAAUGUUUCAACCUUAUGCUGCAUGGUAUUGGUAACCAUACAGUACUUCAUGUCAAAAUACAAAUGUCUAUGGUGUAGAAUAAAUAAGUCAUUUGAAUUUCAUUGAAUUAAAUUCUACUUCCUUUCAUUCAAAUUGAAUUACAAUUCUGCUUCCUUGGAAUUAAAGAGCAAUUCGCAACUCAAUUCAGAAUUAACCUCAACACUGAUCACUUCACACCACGAUCUCUAACUCUUACAUAACCACCCUGUGUGUCUGGUCUUUUGGGUACUAUAUGAAUCUCUAGGUACACGAGAUAUUUGACUGUACUGCCUGCGACAAGAAAUUCAUCUCUACCAAUCAGCUCAAGCGCCACAUGAUCACUCACUCAGGUAAGAGAGCACACGCACACAGAGCUACGGUCAGACAUGGUAUACUCUCUCUCUCUCUCUCUCUCUCUCUCUCUCUCUCUCUCUCUCUCUCUCUCUCUCUCUCUCUCUCUGUCUCUCUGUCUCUGUCUCUGUCUCUGUCUCUCUCUCUCUCUGUCUGAUUGUCUGUCUGUCUCUGGUUAGAGAAACGUCCGUACACCUGUGAGAUCUGCAGUCGUUCGUUCAAGCGUCUGGACCAGGUGACGGCCCAUAAGAUUAUCCACAGUGAAGACAAGCCCUACAAGUGUAAGCUGUGUGGAAAGGAGUUUGCCCACCGGAACGUCUACAAGAACCACAAGAAGGUGAGCAGGGAACAGGAAGGGUCUGAAAGCUCUAGAUUUAAAUAGUUGGUUUUUAAUAUGCAAAUUCUACUGAUGGAGAUAAUGCUGAAACUUAGGCAAGAUUUUAAGUGAUGGCAUGUAUAGCCUAGUAUAAACAAGCACAUACACAUAAGCAAACACACAAGCAUACUCUCACUGGUUCAGAGCUAAUAUUAUUAGUGAUAGCCUAAAACCAGAGGUCUCUUCAGUUGUCUUUGGGGUUCUGUAGGGUCAGUGGCCUGUCUCAUGUUUACCCAAGGGAAUGGGGCGGCACUCAGACACAGGUUAGAGCAGGGGCACAGAUAAACACAAGCGCUUUGAACCUAAGCCCCUCAAGCUACUUGUCUUCAUCAAGUCAACAAACCAAAUCAGCCAUGGAGCCUAACCCCAACUCUAUCCCCAACCCCAAUGCUUACACAUCUGAUCCCACAUCAACACACAGACAGGAGACAGCUCAGAUUGAACCAAGAGGAGAGAUGGAGGAGCAGUUUAGAGAGAGUGAGAGAACUGUUUAGUUAUAUUUAGGGGGUGUCAGGGCUCCACGUUAGCUCUGUUAGCUGUUCUCAUGAACCGACCGCAAACAUAAAAUACUUAUUCACUCUAUCAGUAAAUUAAAUAGAAAAGAAGGAAGGUAUAUGUUUUGAUGGUCAGCAAACUGGGACAGUAUGUGUAUAUCAAGAUGUAGAGAGGGCAAGUUCGAGGUAGUAUUCAAUGAUGCUGUGUACCUUUAAAGGGAUACCUCGGGAUUUUAGCAAUGACUAUUUUUUCCCAUACACACGUAUACGCACACUUUAACACUUGAUUCAUAAUACCAGCCCCCAUAGCCCAGUAUGCUAACUAGCUUUAGCGCAAUGACUGGAAGUCUAUGGAAAUCUGAUAGCAUGCUAGUAGAUACCCAUAGACUUCCAGUCAUUGCGCUAAUGCUAGUUAGCAUUGGCUCAUGAAACUACCUCUAACUUCUUUCAUAUACUAGACACAUUAUCCACGAGUUCAUCUGACUCUGGGGAAGUAGAUAAAGGGCCUCAUUGCUAUAAUCCUGAAGUAUUCUUUUAACCAUGAAUGCUGUCCUGUUCUUUCUCUAGACUCACUCAGAGGAAAGGCCCUUCCAAUGUGAGGAGUGCAAGGCCCUGUUCCGCACCCCAUUCUCUUUACAGCGCCACCUGCUCAUCCACAACAGUAAGUAUGAGUGUCUUUGUGUGUGUAUCUCUGAGUGCAAGAGUGGGUUCAUACUACCUUAACUGGCUAGCCACUAGUACCUACAUUCAAGGCCCCUGCCAACACAUAAUUUUUUUAAUUUUUAAAUUUCACCUUUAUUUAACCAGGUAAGCCAGUUGAGAACAAGUUCUCAUUUACAACUGCGACCUGGCCAAGAUAAAGCAAAGCAGUGCGAUAAAAACAACACAGAGUUACAUAUGGGCUAAACAAAACAUAAAGUCAAAAAUACAACAGAAAAUAAAUAUACAAUGUGUGCGAAUGUAGUAAGUUAUGGAGGUAAGGCAAUAAGUAGACCAUAGUGCAAAAUAGUUACAAUUUAGUAUUAACACUGGAAUGAUAGAUGUGCAAAAGAUGAUGUGCAAAUAGAGAUACUGGGGUGCAAAUGAGCAAAAAUAAAUAACAAUAUGGGGAUGAGGUAGUUGGGUGGGCUAAUUUCAGAAUGGCUGUGUACAGGUGCAGUGAUCGGUAACCUGCUCUGACAACUGACGCUUGAAGUUAGUGAGGGAGAUAAGAGUCUCCAGCUUCAGAGAUUUUGGCAGCAGAGAACUGAAAGGAAUGGCGGCCAAAGGAGGUGUUGGCUUUGGGGAUGACCAGUGAGAUAUACCUGCUGGAGCGCAGACUACGGGUGGGUGUUACUAUGGUGACCAGUGAGCUAAGAUAAGACUGGGAUUUGCCUAGCAGUGCUUUAUAGAUGGCCUGGAGCCAGUGGUUUUGGCGACGAAUAUGUAGUGAGGGCCAGCCAACAAGAGUGUACAGGUCACAAUGGUGGGUAGUAUAUGGGGCUUUGGAGACAAAACGGAUGGCACUGUGAUAGACUACAUCCAAUUUGCUGAGUAGAGUGUUGGAGGCUAUUUUGUAAAUGACAUCGCCGAAGUCAAGGAUUGGUAGGAUAGUCAGUUUUACGAGGGCAUGUUUGGAAGCAUGAGUGAAGGAGGCUUUGUUGUGAAAUAGGAAGCUGAUUCUAGAUCUAACUUUUGAUUGGAGAUGCUUGAUGUGAGUCUGGAAGGAGAGUUUAAAGUCUAACCAGACACCUAGGUAUUUGUAGUUGUCCACAUACUCUAAGUCAGAGCAUCCGGUUCCCAAAUCCCCAUGGAUGCUAUAGCCCUUAGUUCAAACCUCUCUUUACCAGCAGAUACUGAGGGCUUCCACAGCCUCCUUCUGGUCCUUUGUGGUCCUCCUAGCCCUCAGUGUCAUAGCCCUGCAGACAGAGACAGUGGUCCUUGAGGACUGA